GCCGCAAUUUUGCCUCCGUCACAGACGAACGCACGCAGCGACAUCUCACCAAACAUCUCGCUCUCUUCGCAGAUAUUUUUCUCACCUUUCGUUUCUCCCAUUUCUGUUCUGUCGCGAUUCUUUUAUCCGCACCGGAGAAGAUGUGCGAGGCACCACGGGCCGGCUGCGGCGACGGCGACGCAACCGCCCCCGCCGCCGAGUUCGACGUCGACGUCGUCACCGCCGGCGGCCGCAGGAGGAUCCCCGCGCAUUCAUCUGUUCUUGCCUCUGCGUCGCCGGUGCUCGGGAGCAUCAUGCAGCGCCGCAUGCAGAAGAACCGGGACAGCGGCAAGGCCGGCAGGGCCGUCAUCCGGAUCCGCGGCGUGACCGACAACGCCGCGGCGGCCUUCGUCCGCCUCCUGUACGCCGGCAGGUGCGGCGAGGGAGAAGAGGAGUCGGAGGACAUGGAGAAGUACGCGAUGCAGGUGCUGGUGCUGGCGCACGCGUACCAGGUGCCCUGGCUGAAGCGGUCGUGCGAGGGAGCGAUCGGCGCCCGGCUCACCGCGGACUCGGUGGUGGACGUGCUGCAGCUCGCCAGCCUCUGCGACGCGCCGCGGCUGCACCUGCGGUGCACGAGGCUGCUGGCCAAGGAGUUCGCGGCCGUGGAGAGGACGGAGGCGUGGCAGUUCCUGCAGGAGAACGAUCCCUGGCAGGAGCUCGACAUCCUACAGCGUCUGCACGAGGCCGAUCUGCGGCGUCGCAGGUGGCGGCGGAAGCGCGCGGAGCAGCGCGUGUACAUGGAGCUGAGCGAGGCGAUGGACUGCCUGGACCACAUCUGCACGGAGGGGUGCACGGAGGUCGGGCCGGCGGGGCGGGCGCCCGCGCCGUCGCCGUGCGCGCUGUACGCGACGUGCCGGGGGCUGCAGCUGCUCAUCCGCCACUUCUCCAAGUGCCACCGCAAGAGCUGCGCGCUGUGCCAGCGCAUGUGGCAGCUCCUCCGGCUCCACGCCGCGCUCUGCGACCAACCCGGCCGGUGCAACACCCCGCUGUGCAUGCAGUUCAAGCGCAAGGAGCAGGAGAAGGCGGCGGCGAAGGCCGGCAACGAUGACGAUAAAUGGGGACUUCUGGUGAAGAAGGUGAAGGCUGCCAGGGUUUUUUCUUCUCUGGCCAGCAGGAAGCACAUGGGCUCCUCCUCCCAGUAUUGAGCAAAUGUAGUAUCAGCCUGGGGCUGUCAGGGUAGUUUGUGAGAGCGUACCAGUUUUUUUUUUUUUUUGGCUGUUUUUGAGAUGUAUGUUCUAUGUUGAGCUAUGUACAUGCCUGUUCUAUGUUUGUAGAAUUCUUUUGCGAGGUCCGAGCUAAUGAGCAGGAAUAUGUUGUAAAAACUGCCUGUGUUGUUAAACAGGCUAAUAUGUGAUAAAUCAUAGCUUAAAAUUCAUGAAA